AAUAUACUUGAAUUCAUUAUUAAGUAUUGACGUCAUGUAGUUUUAAUGGUUGGAAACAAGUGAGAAAUCCUAAUUCCAUCUGGCUCGAAUAAUGGCAGACAUGGGGACACGUUGUACACCUGAGUGACUCUUCUAUAUAAUCAUUAUUCUGUGACAUUGCAGUGACGUAACUGCUAAAGUUUUGACGCGAGGGCUAGGGGAAGGAUGCUGUGAAAUGGGACUUUGGCAUGUAUCAUCUUCAUAUACCGUAUAUAAUUAAAGGUCAUCUUUAAUUAAGAUCUCGACCUCGAAAUUACAAGAGUAUUUGAUAGAAGGUCUACUCUUCGUAUUUUACCCAAUUUGACAACUUUCGAAACUUUUUUUGACAAGUUUUUUUUUGUCGAAAGAGUAACUCGCUGCUGUUUACUCGUUUAAACCAGUUCACGAUUUACAACCGGUUCUUGAUAUGAAAUUUCUGUUUUGAAUUUUUUUUUCUUGUAAGACUGUCUGCAGUAUCACCUGUGUUGUAGCAUCAAGUGUCGUAACUAUGUACCAAAACCGUGUGUAAUACCUUGUGUAGUAAGUAGUAGUUUAGUAGUUGUGUAAGAAACGUGUAACAACCUCUCCUUGCGUAGAACUCGUCAAAGUUCACGAUGCAUGACAAAUUAUUCAAAAAUUCAAAUUUUUCGAAAUAAUGGCCGACGAUAUACAGACAGGGUUUCACAAAUAACCAUGUGAAUGCCGUUUGAAUGGCUCGAAAAUCAUUCCUUUCGAAGUUUAGAAGCGCCGAACCGGCCGUAUUUCUGUAUGCAUUUGGCUUGAUACUUCACUCUAUUCUCAUUCAACAAUACAUCUACGACAGAGCGAGCGAAGAUAAGGGGUACAACAACACUUUUAAUUCGAGGACAAAAUGUGUUAACGAUUCUGAAGUGCGUGAUGAGGUUCAAUCCGAGACGUCUUUUUACGUGUUCGGCUUGACAGCGGUCUCUGGCGCUCCUUCGCUAGUAACAGGAUUGUUGCUUGGCUCGUGGUCGGAUAAAGUUGGACGGAAACCUGCCAUGUGUUUGCCCUGUUUUGGCGCCCUUGUUGAAACGUCGCUCACCUUGCUCGUCGUGUAUUAUGAUUGGCCUCUUUUCGUUCUGUUUUUCGGUGGUUUUAUCAAUGGCAUGACGGGAUAUUUUUCUGCAAUGAUUCUGGCAACAAUGGCGUACAUUGCGGACACAAGUGACGAGUCGACGAGAGCGACAAGAGUGGGAAUUUUGGAGUUUUUCGUGUUCAUCGGUGGGACCGUAGGACAAGCUAUGAGUGGCAAGAUGAUUGAAUCCAAUCAAGGAUACGAAGCACCCUAUUGGAUCGUGUGUGGUUGCAUUCUAGCUGCAUUUAUCCACGCCGUCUUUCUCGUGCCGGAAACACUAUCGAAAGAACAUCGCGAUGGAUCGGUGAAAUUUUUUGAUUGGAAGCAUUUCCAGAAUGUCAGGGAAGUUGUUCGAACACGACGAAAUGACGACGAAAGCAAUCUGCGUGCCUUGAUCAUACUAAACUUUCUUCUUUUUUUGAGCAACUACGGUGUCGCGACCGUGACCAUUUUGUUCCUUCUGGAUCGUCCUCUGUGUUGGUCGCCGCUGGACAUCGGAUUGUAUUGCGCCGAACGCUACUUUUGCUUGGGUGUUGGAGCCGUCCUCGGUGUGAAAAUUCUCGUCAAAUGCUUUAAAAUCAUACACAUUAUAUAUUUUGGAUUGUUAACGUAUUCGGCUUCUCUUGUGCUCUUCGCGUUUGCAGAUAAAACAGCUUUAGUGGUUCCAGUUCCAGUGCUAGGAAUGUUUAUAGGUGCGGUUAUGGCGUUCUUCCGAGGGACGAUGUCGAAAGAAGUUUCCUCGGCCGAACAAGGUUCUUUAUUUGCUGCCAUUGGGUUCAUGGACGUGUUGGCUGUUGUCUGUUCAUCUGCCAUAUUCAAUCUGCUCUAUCCGUUAUCAUUAAAGUUUGAUUUUAAUGGAGCGUCGUUCCUUGCGGCAGGAGGACUGGGUCUGGUCGUGCUCUACCUCACGAAAAACCUCACAGAUGGUGUUUUUGAAAGUUCAGCAAGGGAGAUUAAACCACAGGAAAUCAGAAUUGAAGAAAACACGCCACUUUUAUCUGAUAUUGACCAACAACCUACAUAAAAUGGACUUACAAUGUGCAAUGGUCAGUCACAUUGCACUAAUGCUAUCAUAUUUUAUUGUAUACUUCAGUCAUGAACCUAGGGGCAUGGUUGUCAUGAUGUCAUCAGUCAUGCGACAUUGGUCACACAUUAGUCACAUAACUCAUGUCUUUUUAUCCUCAUCAUAAGCCAACAUACUGGUUUGUUUGCUUAUCAAAUUCUUAAGUUCGUUAUCCCAGUGUAUGACUUUAUGUUGCAACGUGUUCAAGAUGGCAUCCUUCGAGCAAGUUCCUCACGAAGUUUGGUGAUGUCCUGAAGAAAUACAAAGUUUCUUUUAAAUAUGCACAAGUUAAUUAAAAUAGCCCAGCAGUAGAUUUUGAGGUGAACGAAAAAUUAUUGCCUCGCAGUGAAUGGAAAGGUUGUAUGGGGAUGGUCACCAGGACAAAAUCAUGGAGGGGGGUGCCUCUUCAAUGUAUUUCAAAUAUAAUGCAUAUUUUUAGUCAUUUUAGACAUGAGUUAUUUAAAUAAAUUAUCCUUUAAGCCUUA